UCGCCAUCUUAUCGAGGAAAUGCGUCAGGCUUGACAAACAUCUCCGCGGGGGGGAACACGGCAACCGGCGGCGUAUUUAGAACGGUUACAACUCUAAAACCUCGGUCUAUACAUUAAUUUCUCUUAAGCUAACACCUUCACAGGCCGGCGCAGCGGCUGGCCAAACAAUUUUGUCGUUUUUUUCCCCCCUUCGCAUCGAGCCACAAGGCCCAAGCGGCUGCCAUGGAUUUCUAAGGCAUAAUGCGGCAACUCUAAUGCAAUGGCGAUGCACAGUGCAAGGCAAAACCAACCCCGAAACUCCAUCUUCGCAACUGCCAAGCAGUUGGGCUCCAAUACCGGACGCGGUAUCCCUGCGAGCCAACCGGUACCUCUCCUACUGGACCGGAGGAAGCUAACGCUAACCACCAGCUAGUCACCUCAAAGCUGAUUUCUUUAAAAAUCCCAUCGAUUCCAUUUGAACGUCAACACUACCGAUCAGCAUGAAACCUCAAGACAUCAUCGCAGGGAAGAGCAGCCUGUGGAUCUUCGGGUACGGGUCGCUGGUAUGGAAGCCGGACUUCAAGUACAAGAGGAGCGAGGUCGGUUACAUUGACGGCUACAAGAGGCGUUUCUGGCAUGGAGACAACUUCCAUCGCGGGAAUGAUGAGUCGCCCGGAAGAGUGGUGACGUUGAUCGAAGACUAUGAUGCGACCACUUGGGGUGUGGCUUUCGAGGUGUCGGGCUCACAGCUGGAGGAGUCCCUCAAGUACCUCAACGUCCGAGAGACGGUCUGUGGCGGCUACAUCACCAAGAUGGUGGAUUUCUUCCCGCACGGAGAGGACCGGUCUCCCGUUCAGGCGCUGGUGUACAUCGCCACCACCGACAACCCCCUCUACCUGGGGCCGGCCAGUCCGGAGGAGAUCGGCGCCCAGAUCGCCGUGUGCAGAGGGAAGACCGGCCACAACCUGGAGUACCUGCUCCGGCUGGCGGAGUUCAUGAGGAGCAGCUGCCCUCACGUGGAGGAUCACCACCUGUUUGCUAUUGAGACGGCCGCUCUGACUGUGGUGUCUUAUCUGUUAGCAGCUCAGUAGCUCGUACCCUUUUUUUUUUUUUUUUUUUCACUAGCUUAGGAUGCCAAACUCUCGAAAGCUGUAACCUGUCAUGUCAGUUCAGUUAUUUUUUGUAGGUUCAGACAUGCUAGUAUUUGAAUUUGAACGCCACCAGAGUAACCGAAGGGAAGUCUGUCGGUAAAUCACUAAGACAUGUGCAAUUACUCAACUGUAAGCAUUAUGUGGUUUGGCUUAGAACACAGUUCGUUUUUCCCCAGUUCUGAAGCCGUCCAGUUCAUUAAGGUACCAGAAGAUGUUUACUGUAAACAAAACUCACUAGAUGGCUGUGGUGUGUUCGUGAAGCAACAUCCAUCCAGUUUUAUGUCAAAAUACUAAUAAAAAUCUGGAAAAGAAAAAAAAAA